AUGGUCGCCACCAUCCUCAUUGGCGCUAUCCUAUGCGCUGCUGUUAGCAUAACAUAUGUCCUCUACCAGAUUACCUAUAACCUCUUCUUUUCUCCCCUGCGGAAUGUUCCAGGGCCUCUGAUAGCCCGCGUAACUCCCAGAUGGCUGAUGCUCAUCGACAUGGCCGGGCGCCGGACAUCUUGGAUCCACAAUUUGCACAGUCGCCAUGGACCCACGGUACGGAUAGCGCCAAACGAGUUGUCCUUUGCCAACAUGGAAAUGGUCAAAGUCAUCUACGGCCAACAGACGACUUUUCCUAAAGCUCCCAUUUACGAUACGAUGAGUCUCCCACCCUUCGGGAUCUUCAGCAUGCGGGACAGACAAGACCACAGCCACAGGCGAAGGCUGCUCAGCCAUGCAUUUGCACAGUCUUCUCUGUACGAGUCUGAGCCUCUCAUCCGAGCACAUGUCGAAGAGCUCACUCAGCGCGUACAGAGUGGGCUUUGCAGACCGAUGGACAUGAUGUUGCUUUUUAGGCUGGUAGCGUUCGACAUUGUCGGUGAGCUAUUCCUUGGUCAGUCUUUCAAUGGACUCAAAGCCGGCACACCGCCACAAUUCCUCCAUGACAUAGACCAGCAUUUUAUCCUCUGCGGCAUAGAGGGAAACUUCCCCUUGAUCUACGCCAUGCUUUUACGUAUUCCAAUCCCCGCGCUUCAACGCUUUUUGAAGGCGAGGCAGAGGCUCAUUGCAUACGGAAAGGAAACUUUCGAGAACUAUAUUUCAGAGAACGGCCGAAUGUCAGGCAGAAAAGACCUUCUCACCAAAGUUGUGUCCCUUAAAUCUGACACCGGCGAGGCGCCUCUCACAGACCUGGAAAUCUAUACAGAAGUCAGCAAUCUCAUCUUGGCUGGUACCGACACGACGAGCAUGACUCUCACCUACAUGUUCUGGCAACUCGCAAAGAACCCAAAGUGGCAGCAAAUGCUCAGGCAAGAGGUGGGCGAGAAAGUUCCAACGAGUAGUGGAACUGUGCCGGGUUUCAGUGAGUUGGCGCAGCUCCCGAUCCUCGAUGCGGUCGUGAAGGAAGCUCUCCGUCUUCACCCAGCCGCCCCGGCUAGCCUUCCACGCGAAACACCACAAGGAGGGAAAAUCUUGAACGGAUCUCACAUUCCGGAGGGCACAAUUGUUUCGAUGCAAUGUUACACUACGCAGCGUGACGCAGCGACGUUUCCCGACCCCAACGCCUUCCGGCCAGAGCGAUGGAUGGCUCCUGAGUCAGAAGCCAUGAAGGAGAUGAUGAUGCCCUUCUCCAAAGGAUCACGAGCCUGCUUGGGCAAGAACUUGGCUAUGAUGGAACUGAAAUUGAUCACGGCUUCCCUGAUCAACAAAUUUUCGGUCUGGUUGGGCCCGAAUUGCACGGACGAGAGUAUGGUGAUGACUGAUCAUUUCCUGGUGCUUCCAAAGGGGGGCAAGUGUGAGAUGAUAUUCUCGCGGGUUGAGGAAAGUUGA